AUGUCUUCAGGGGGGCUAACAACUUAUGCCAAAUCUACUAAACUCUACAAAAAGUUUAGAACUCGUCAAAUUCUGGGGAAUUUUAUGGGUGGAUAUCUGCUUAUAAGCAUAAAUGCUAAAAGUUAUUUAAAUAUACAUGCAUAUUUAACUUCAUUCGAUUCAUUUACAAUGAAAACGCUUACAAGCUUGGAUAUUAAUGUGGGUGAAAAGGCGAUGGAACAAAAACCUCCUAAACUUUAUCCCAAAAUGACUUUUACACAUACAGCAAUAACGAUGAAAGCAUCAUAUUGUUGUACUACAAAAUAUGCUAUGUUAUUGUGUUUUGAGUUGUUGUUAACAAAAGAAGUAAAGUUGGCAGAUUUUCAAAUUUAUUCAUGUUUUGGUUUUGUCAUGCACAAAGGAAGAGAACAAAAAGUUAUGAAAGUACUUGCUACCUAUUUACGAAUUUAUGUCUGCAGAACUUUCUUGAGAAUUUCAUUAAAAUUCAGUAUCAAUUUUGAUGACUCAAAAAGAGUUCAUUUACCAUCAUAA